CUUAGUCCUGGAAGUAAAGACCACAAUUUUGUUCACACUCAUACAGAAGAUUGCAAUAAAUUUUUAUUACUUCUUGGUACUACUUGCAAACGUAGUAGAAUAAAAGACAAUCUUUCUGUUAUAGUCUUACCUCCAGGUUGGUAUUGCUAUCGUCCGGGUGACUCUUGUAAGCACAUCCGGGACUCUGGGUACUCCAAGGGAGACGGGGAGUACUGGAUCGACCCCGAGAAGAACGGAAACCCUUUAAAAGUCUACUGUGACAUGACAACUGACGGUGGAGGCUGGCUUCUUGUCUCUAAAGUUGUGAUUGACGAGUUAUUAGCCACUCCGCAGUUAUCAGUUGAGACAACAUACCAAGGAAUAAGCAGCUAUCACAACAACAGAACGGUUCUCUCGCAAAGCGCCAUGAAUGAACUGAGAGCACACCUGUCUUUUACACAACUGAGAUUCCACUGCAGUAAACAACAGGGACGUACGUUCCACGUGACUACGGUAACUAACAGCACUGGGGAAGCUGUGGUCCAGUACUUUAGCGGUCAGACAGAUGUCCAGCCCGAAGCCUGUGGUUCGUUUGUAAAAAUGGAUAAUGACGACUCUCUAAUGUCCGGAGUUUGCCAUAAGUGGGGAUUUGAAGCGGGUGUGUAUCGAGUUGGUAAAUGGGGACAUGACGGCAAUAACCAAAACCGGUUAUACAAACACCCUGCUUUUGUUGAUUCAUUAUAUCACUGGAUCGUGGGAAUCUCAAUGUGUGAUGAUUGGAUAUCUGACGUGUCUUUUGGUGAUUUCUGGAAAGUCUAUGUUCGUUAAAAAAGCGGAUCGAAUUGAUCUGGUACCGCAAAUACCGCCCAGUAGGCCGUUUCCGAGUUGCCUUUACCAUUUGUGUCAAAACGAGACUGCUAAUCCUUUCACAUGAUAACGUGUUCCGCCUACAGGUACAUUGGCUUAUGAAUCAAACUCAUUUUCAUAUGAAGAGUUUUGCACGAAGACUUGUUUUCAAACAGAGGCACAAGCUAACUCGGAAAUGGCGUGUUGUCGCCUGUUAUGUGACUUACAUUAUCCGCCAUUAUGCAAUUUUAACACAAGGCUCUGUACACAGUGGUAAACAUAAUUAAGGUGCUGGGAAGUUUUAGAAUAGCUUAAUCGGUUAUUACGCUGUAUUAUGUAACUACCAAGGCAAUUAUAAUCAGAUUACCAGUCUAGAAAAUACCAGGUGACGUCCUGUUACUAGUUUACCAUGAGUAUAAAAAACUAGAGGACAAAACGUGGACGAAGUAAAGCCUGGUGAGAUUGAAAUGCACUGUUGUUGGGAAAACAAAGAUGUGGCCGGUCCAGUUUGGUGGAAAAGAGGGUGUGGUAAGAACAAAUCAGAUUGGAGAAUUGUGGCUUAGCUUAAUUAUGAAGGGAGGGAUUCUCUGACACACGUGAUUUCGAGUUUCGUGAUCGUUUGCUUACAAUGGAACAAAGAAUUUGCCUUUUGACAUCUCGUAUUCUCGACAUUUUUAGCUUUUAAUUAAAUAAAUUAGUUUCUUAAAAGUCUUUAAAAGCCAAUGUUAGUUCGGGUGGUUUAAAACCUACCAAAUUGUCUAUUAUCGAGCUGAUUUGACUUAGAAUCCUCUUCUGUAAAAAGUUAUUAAAAACACCCAAAACUCCGUCUUGUUGGGUAUUUACAAUUCAGAUCAAAUCAAUUCUAACUAUAAACAAACUGAAAAUAGCGUAGCAUCUUGUUUGGGACAGUUCCAAACGACAGAGACAUCAGUUCUUACGAAGUGUUCUGCAUGUUGUGGGCCAACGCCUGUGGUACUGAGACCCUUUGUCUCAACGUUAACGCAUGAUCCUUUUAGGUGGGAUUAUCUCACCCUCAUCUCCCUACUGCUAGGUUUGAACGAAACGUGUCCCAGCUGAGUCAUUCACUUCUCGUCACACAGAAUCGGCAGAUGUCGGGGUUACUUCACUGUCCGCGUCGGACUGGACCCAACGCAAGUUCUCCUCUACUUAUUUAGCACUGUUAGAAUGGUAUUUCUAUGGCAACAUAAUCUGGUAUAAUUCCAAAACCAAAACACGUCCAAAAUUUUUCUGGUAAAAUUAAAUUCAUUUCGUUUCUGUUUUAUCUCAACCUGCGUUGGUACUACUCUCCUCCACAGCCUUUUGUUUCGGGAUGACACGCAACGCUCCCGCAAAGAAACGGUCUCUGAUUGAGCAAGUCUCAAAAGGCGAAUUUUGGGCUAAAAGGUUUUCGCAACUAAAACCGAAGCUGUGAUUGGCUAAUGUCGGCAAGGGAAUGCUGCGUCGGUAGUUAACAGUCGUUUCUUUGGGGGGAGCGUUGCGUGACAUCCCAAAAGAGACUACAUCCCAAAAGAGACUACUUUGGUACCUGUAAGUAGAAA